AUGCAGUUCUUCCUCACUAGCCUCCUCACUGCCGCCGCCGCCGUCACGGCCUCUCCCCUCUCCCGCAACUACGCCCAGCAGCAUGCGCGUGCCGUCGUUACGACUACCCCCAUAUCCGACGUCGUCGUCACCCCGAGCUUCAUCGCUCCGGCGGGCGGUGAGUCGUACAAGGCUGGCUCCAACCAGACCGCCUCGUGGGAUACCUCGAAGAUCGACGAGGAGGCUAAGGAUUACACCGGCGUGUUGUACCUCGGUUAUUCGGACGGCAAGUCCGAGAGCGAGAACCUCGACAUCGCCCACCCUCUUGCGUACGGCUUCAAGCUCACGGACGGCUCCGUGAACUACACCAUCCCGGCCAACGCGACCGAGCGCGACUCGUACUUCCUUGCUCUUGUCGGUGACAGUGGUAACCUCAGCCCGAAGUUCACCAUCACCGCGUAA